CCCCCCCCACAUGAAUACACCUCACACCCCAAACAAAUACGCCGUGCAAGACUCCGUCUGCAUAUCAAAAAUAAACAUACGAAUUGUUCGCCAUUCCUAUGAUGCAUACAUACCCCCCUCCCCCUUCUCCCCUCAAAGCUAUGCGACGCAAUCCAACCAGCAACCCAAGCCCCCCUCCCCUCGCCAGCGACGGUGACAGUACAAAUCCGCAACGACAGGAGGGAAGCGGUGACAAGAGCCCACCGCUGAGAAGUAGACCACGACAACAAGAAAUUAAUAACAGCAACAACAGCUGGACAAACGUAGAGGUGCCAGCCAGUGAUACGGCACGCCUUAUUAGAGGUCGGGGGUGGGGCCCGGGGGGGGGCUGCGUGUUGGAGCAUCUCCACAUACCGUCGUUUGGACGAUGUCUAGAGAUUCUAUGGUGGUUGUGA